AUGCUGCGCGUCCUUGUUGAUCCAGACGACCCAAGACCAAUUACCGUCGAGAAGAAUCCCAUCUCGUCGGACUUUCAUUCCCACCUGUUUUUCCUUGGUCACCGCGGUGCAUGCUUCCAAGUACAAUCCUCUGGUCCACAAGGGAGUAUAGCAGAGCAUCCAGUCACUCACUGUGGGGGCGGAGAGAUGCUGCAUCAUAUAGAAACAGACGAGCGACUUUCGAGGGACCUCAUCGGAAUGACGAGCCAAUACGCGACGAUGCAAGAGCUGUCUCGAGAAGAAAACCUUUGUCGUCGGCCCAGCUAUUACUCAACGUUUGAGUUGGGGAAUGAGACUGCACCAUCAUACGAGUUCCAAGGCCAACAAGCAACGCUGGCUCAUGAUACCAACACGUCGCCUGAGAUGCAAACCAUCAAAAUCGAAGAUUGUAGCCAAUACGAUGCCAACGCUAUACAUCCUGAGCCACCACGAACAUCAUUCAUAAAUGAUGGAGUCAGUGCUGGCGAUCCCACCUCUCAAAUUGUACAUCCAGCUGUCAACAUCAGUACGUUCAUGGCUACCAGUGCGUCAACCUUGGCUUCACUAGCAGAGAGUACAUCAGCAGCGAUGUUAUCGUGCAGUGCGCCCAUCACCACAUCCGAGGAAUGCAUGUCUGAGUCUAGUAUGUCUUCUCUUCAAACAGAGUGGACAAGCAUGACGGGAAAUGUGUUAUCAGAGUCACCAAGACCGCCCAACGAAAGGUCUGCGUUGAUUGCCGAUAACGACUUCACUUCAGCUACCACCUCAUUUCCGUGGUUAGGUUUUCAGCUCCAGCAAGCAGCCGAUGCGCCAAGUCAGGAGACAAACCACGAUCACUUCACAUGGGACACACCGCGUCUAUCGAACGAGACACAACUAUACGAGGACAUCAGUGGCGCAUUGAGACAGCUGGCUGCUGUGAGCAAUAGUCCGGUCGAUCUUUCACAGUUCGGCAAUGAUAACCUAGACAUUCCCCAGCCGUUGUUAUUCUCAUCGUCCACGAGGUUCAAUCCCCCGUCCGUGCUGUCGAGCAGCGAUGGCUGUGCAGCCAAUCCAGGAUACGACGAGCUUUUCCCUGUUGCCAAUUACCACCAAUGCUACAGGGGUCCCUGUAGACUUGAUGACCCUUGGGAGCUACAGAGUCCCAAUGGUAUAAGCACCCUAUUCCAGGGACAGCUGUCGGAAAGACCCGUUGCUUACCCCCGUGAGACCAAAAACGCAUUCCUGAUCGACUGUAAGCUCCGCGGUCUGUCAUAUAAGGACAUCAAAAGGAUAGGUGGAUUCAAGGAGGCCGAGUCAACCCUCCGUGGCAGAUUCCGCACGUUGACCAAGUCCAAGGACCAACGUGUGAGGAAACCCCAGUGGCAAGAGAAAGAUAUUCGCCUUCUCUGUGAAGCGGUAGCUGUAUGCGCGGAGCCCAGAAGGCAGGCAAACGGCCAUUACACCUUCUGCCGUCCUCGAAGCACCAACCGGUUACCAAAGAUCUCGUGGAAAAAAGUUGCUCAGUACAUCUGGGCUCAUGGAGGGUCUUACCACUUUGGAAAUGCAACUUGUAAAAAGAAAUGGUGUGAAGUUACUGGCAUGAACAUCUGA